AUGGUUUGGAAAGAUCCAAAUGGAGGCAGACCUGGUAACCAUUCGCACGUUUCAGCGAACGGUCUGGAGCAGGUUAUCUACCGAGGCAGACAGACGAAGGAUGACGAAAGAUUCAACUUGCAGCCGGCUGCAUCGGGCACCUCCAGCGCCAUCUAUAAAGCAGCAGAAGAUGCUUCGAUCUACAACGAGUUUGCGACGGCGGCGUUUCGCUUCGGACAUUCGCUCAUUCAGGACAACUUUGAGAGAUACACGAGUGACACGUCAACGACGAGCCGACCCAUCGGCCUUGACAGCCUCUACUUCAACCCGUCCUCGCUGUACGGCACCGCCCGCGGCAACGGCGUCGCUGCACUCAUGCGCGGCAUGUGCAAGGGCCCGGCAGAGGGCGCUGAUAGGUUUUUCGCAGCCAACAUCAAGCACAAACUGUUCAGCGAGUAUAACGAAGAUUACGGUCUUGAUCUGGUCGCUCUCAACAUCCAGCGAGGCCGGGACCACGGACUCCCGCCAUACACCAGCUACCGCGCCCAAGCGGGCCUCCGCAACGUUAACAGCUUCUCUCAGCUCCGCAGCAGAGGAGAGAUGAGCACAGGCUGCGNUGCUAGCGCGCUCACACACAGACACAUAGACGCGCUAGCACGAGUAUACGACCACGUCAACGACAUCGACCUGUUCACGGGCGCCAUGUGCGAGACGCCACGAGACGGCGCUCUAGUCGGUCCGACAUUUGCCUACAUUAUUGGCAAGCAGUUUGAGGUGCUAAAGACAGGCGACCGGUUCUGGUUUGAGAACGCCGGCGAGACGCACAGCCUGACCAAUGCGCAGGCGAAUGAGAUCAGGAAGACGACACUAUCACAGGUUCUGUGUGCGAACACGGCUGUGAACAGGAUCCAGGCGAACGUGUUCCUGCUGCCCGGAGAAAAUUCCUGCCAGGGUAGCAACUGUCCGGAUGCAGCGCCCUCUACAUCUGGCACCGACCCACGUCCGCCACCUGAUGGCGAACGACAGCCACCUCCCGAUGGAAGACGACCGCGCCCUGACGGAUCGCGUGACGGAUCACGUGACGGAUCGCGUGACGGAUCUCGUGACGGAUCUCGCGACGGCGGAUCUCGUGACGGAUCUCGUGACGGAUCUCGUGACGGAUCGCGUGACGGCGGAUCGCGUGACGGACGGCGCGGUGGAGGUGGAGGUGGAGGAGGGAGAACACGUACAAGGACACGUCGCACACGCGCAACCAAUGAUGGUGAAUCAAGCAGCAACUCCUACAUGGACUGCGAGGAUCUACCGGAUCUCAACUGGUCCCUGUUCACAGGCGACCUCUAGUGGUCAGAUUUAGAACUGUCGAAGUUGCACUGCACUCUCAAGUGCAAAUAGGAUGCGGUGAACUGAGAACAAUGUAUACAAUAUAUAUAUACACACAAUGUGUAUGUAAAAUAUAUAUACAAUAUAUGUAUAUACUAUAUAUACACAAAAUAUACAUAUGUAUAUUGUUCUCAGGUGGUGAGGUGAUGGGAUGCGAGAAUGCGAUUGGUUAACAUCGGCAACAAUAACCGAUCAAGGUAGUAAAGUUGCUUGAAUUAUGAGGAUGAGCAUGAAUUUGUGAUAAACUUUUAUAAGCAUAAACUUUUUAACUUAACUUUUUAGCUUACAAUUCUUAGUGUA